AUGGCAGACGCUACUGCGCUACAGGCGCUCACGGCAGCCGUACACAACCAGUCGGCGCAGUUGUCAUCUGAGUUAUCCACCAUGCGCGCCGCGAUCGACACAUACCAGAAUCGAGCUGCGGCAAUGGAGACAUCCAUCGGGGUCUUGAGCGAAGCGCAGACCAAGACUUACGAGGACAUGCAGUCCAUGAUCACGAAUAUCAGCACUUCAUGGGAGACUCGAUUCCAUGGCCUCGAGCAGCGCAUAGAGGAAAAUCGCACACAUCAUGAAUAUUCCGACGAGCAGAUGGAGGACCCCGAGAAGUUCAGCAGGGUUCAGGCCAUGAUCGAUGGGAAGGCAGUCAAGCAGAAGAUCGCGGAGACCGAGCCGACCCUUGGCACGGAGCUAUCCGCAAAGUUUCACAAAGUAUCCAUGUCAUACAGCAUCCAUUGCGAGAAUGACCAGCACGCAAAGAACUUGCGCGUCUGGGCCGCACGGCUUCGACAGCGAACGCUGUCUCGUCUAUGGCCCCACGUCCUCAGCAAGCUUCAGAUCAUAGGAAAGUGGACGCCCGACUCCAACAAGCUCGGGGUCAACGGAGCUCGCGGCGAGUUCUGCAUAAUCGACACCAGCAUGGACGACCACUGGGUGCUCUUCCAAACGAUUGAGGAGAGCGACAACCAGUACAGCAUCCAGCCACACAUAGACAACCUCCAGGAGUGGGGGAUCAGCAUCGACGACGCCAACAAGCUCAUCCAGGUCGCGACGGACACCUCCAGUGACGGCUUCAUCUAG